AUUCCACUUAUUGGAGGCACCUUUUCUAUCCAUCGACCGCGAAACAUAGGUACCCAAAAAAGGCGGGCGUGAGGCUCCUGAGGUGAGGUCGCCAUUGCUGAGAACAUCCACAUAAUCUGCCGCCACGUCCGUCCUGCUACUACUUUUGCUUACCAUUCCCUCGACUCGGACGUCCAUCUUUUGAGCUGUGCUUUCGCGCAGUCAAACAACCACUAUUCCCACCCUCCCUCUCCGCUUCCAACAGCCGCAAGGCCUUGCCAUCAAAAUGAUCGCGCGCUCUGCUAUCGCCCGGCAGGCUCAGCGCACCCUCCGUCAGUCAUGGCAGCAAUCCACCAGGGGCUAUGCCGCGGCAUCUAGCUCGUUUCAAUACCAGACUGCAGACUCCAAUGGCAUCAAGAUCGCGAGCAGAGAUAUCGCGGGGCCGGUAUCGACAGUGGCCAUUGUUUCCCGAGCUGGUACCCGAUAUGAAACCUGGCCUGGUCUUGCAGAGGCACUCGACCGAUACGCAUUUCGGAGCACCGAGCGUCGAUCGACCCUACGGAUACAGCGCGAGUCUGAGCUGCUUGGUGCCGAGCUGCAAAGCUGGCACAGCCGCGAGAACCUCGUUGUAGGGGCCAAAUUUCUGCGCGAUGACCUCCCAUACUUCCUCGAGCUCCUGGCCGAGGUCGCGACCAUGACCAAGUUCCAACCACACGUCAUCCACGAGGAGGUCCAACCGCUUGCAGACAUGGCUAUGAAGAAGCACCUUGCAAACACCGCUACAUUGGCUAUGGACAGUGCACAUGGUCUGGCUUUCCACCGUGGCCUCGGCGUCCCUGUGACGCCUGUUUCCACAGUCCCUUUCAAGAAAUACGUCGAUGCCGGAACACUGAGCGACUACGCACAGCAAGCGUACUCGAAACCAAACUUCGCCGUUGUCGGAAACGGUGUUGAUCAGGGCGAGUUCCAGAAGUGGGUUGGCGAGUUCUUUGCGGAUGUUCAGGAUGCUCCUGCUGGCGCGCUCCAGACGGAGCAAGCCAAGUACUACGGUGGAGAAGAGCGCAUUGCGCACGGCUCUGGCAACACCAUGGUCCUCGGCUUCCCCGGCUCGAGUUCAGCAACUGGCGCUUUCUACAAGUCUGAGAUUGCUGUUCUCGCAGCUCUCCUCGGUGGCGAGUCGAGCAUUAAGUGGACUCCCGGCUUUUCUCUCCUGGCCAAGGCCAAGGCUGAUACCCCACUUCUCAGUGUGUCUACCAAGUCACACAUCUAUACUGAUGCUGGUCUCCUGACCGUGACCCUUAAUGGUUCCACCCGCGACAUCAAUCAAACAGCCCCAAAGGUUGUGGAGGUACUUAAGGCUAUCGCUUCCGGCGUCAGUCCCGAGGACCUCCAGAAAGCCAAGGCGCUGGCGAAGUUCAAGGAACUCGAAUACGGUGCCACAACACAUGCCGGCAUUGAGCUUACUGGUGCAGGCCUAAUCCGGGACGGCAAGCCAUAUCAGAUCGACAGCGUCGCUUCUGCAAUUGACGGCGUAACGGCAGAAAAGGUGCAGCAGGUCGCGAAGGAAGCCCUCGAGAACAAGGCUUCCGUAAGUGCUGUCGGUGACCUGUAUGCGCUCCCAUACGCUGAAGAGAUUGGUCUUCGUGUGUAAAUAUCCUGUGAUAGAAGUUUCCUUGCGAAUUCAGGCGCACAUAGUAGUGAGCUGUACCAAUACAAGAAAGCAUUCAUGUUCAUAU